CUGGUGACCCUCUUUAGCACAUCAUUCCGUCUCUCUUCUUUUCUUCUCUUUUGCCGUCUUCAUUUCUCCUCUUCUUCACUACUGCCAACAAAGAAUGAAGGCCUAUUCGUCGGUCCUGGUUUUAGGUCUGGCCCUACUCAUGGGCUACCUGGUCUAUACCCCUAUACCAGAAGGCAUGUUGGAUCAAUGGCAGUACAGAUUAAUGACGGCUGGGGCUAAAACGGCGGCACUAGCUGCGACCUUGCGAACAUACAUCCAACCUGGUGAUGAUGACGUUUACUACCGAACGAUCAGCUCCCUGUGUGACAUGGUGCUACCUGCUGCGGACAAGAAGGUCCAGGGUUCGAACGUCAAGGCACAGUAUGCCGAAUUUGAGGGGGUGAGGGUCCUGGUCUACACCCCACUCACGGAAAGAAGGGGUCUUGCCCCUGGUCUUGUCUAUUAUCAUGGAGGGGGAUUUGGAUUUGCAAGUACAAAGACCAACGGACGGCUAACAAGAUACCUUGCUGAACAACUUGAUAUGGUGGUCAUAUCUGUCGAUUACCGUCUUGCUCCUGCACACCCUUUUCCAGCUGCAGUUGAAGACAGUUUCACAGCGACCAAAUGGUUUCUCGACCAUGCUCAUGAAUAUGGUGUCGACGCCGACCGCGUAGUCGUCAGCGGUGAUAGCGCUGGUGGUUUCCUAACGGCCGUCAUCGUCCAGCUCGUCCACGAUGACCCAUCUCUACCCGAAAUCAAGCUCCAAGUCCUCUUCUAUCCGUGGACACAGUGCUUUGACUUCAACACGCCGUCUUAUCAGAAAUAUGAGGUCGACUUUGGGGAGACUGGUAUGGUGGCAAAGCCUCGUAUGGCCGAGUUUGUUUCCGCGUACCUCCUCGGGAGAUUUGAUAAACCAUUCAUGAAGCAGUUGCAGAAGAACGAACACGUCAGUGCGGCAUUCAAACAGUCAAAACUCUACCGGGCUGUUUUCAACCAUACGAUUAUUCGCCAACAUCCUGGUGUGCCUUUGACCUCUUUACCUAGUCAACAGAAAAUCUUCCAAGGAGGUAAUGACACGCUCUGGGAAGAUAUUAAAGACCGAUUGCUCGAUCCAAGGCUAUCACCGCUGUUCCGGAAAGAUUUCAAAGGUUUGCCUGCUGCUUUCAUCGCCACUGCAGACCUGGACAGUCUACGAGAUGACGGGAUCUUCUACGCCAGACUCCUGGCUGAGGCAGGCGUGGAGGUGACGUUAAAGAACUAUCUCGGUGCUUACCAUGGCAUAGCGGCUGCAGGACCUAUCACGAACAUCCCGACCGGGGUUCAAAUGUUGAAUGAUUCGAUUGAGUUUAUUCGAGAUAACGUUUAACAAUCAAUGUAUAUAUUCCACAAAUCGAAAUGUGCCAUCCUGAGAAGUAUUAUGAGUGCAUUUCUAUCAUUCUUACAGUAUACUUUCUAGUUUAUAACUUUAAACCAUGUAAAAUGUAUUAUAUUAUUAAAUAUUGAAUUGUAUAUCU